CAGGGUUCUGCUGCACUUACUUGGUGAAAAAUGAAGGUUCUGCUGCUGAAGGAUCCCAAAGACAAAGACACGGGACCAGAUCCAUAUAUUAAAGAAUUAGGAUUGUACAGCCUUGAAGCAACGUUGAUCCCAGUUUUGUCGUUCGAAUUCCUGUCUCUUGAAAGCUUAUUUGAAAAGCUCUCUCAUCCAGAGUGCUACGGAGGCCUAGUUUUUACCAGUCCAAGGGCACUGGAAGCCAUCAAAAUAUGUUUAAAAGAGAAGAGUAAAAAAGAAGCCUGGUCAAAAUCUCUUCAGCAAAUGUGGAAUAUCAAACCAACAUAUGUGGUUGGAAAAGCUACAGCUUCUUUAGUAGAAGAAAUCGGCCUCACCCCACAAGGAGAGAAGUGUGGAAAUGCUGAAAAAUUGGCCGAGUAUAUUUGCUCAAGAGCUGUGAAUUCAGCUUCUGGCUCUGAAAGACAAUAA